CCGGCCAAGAUGGCGGCGCCCAGAAGGGGCCCCGGCGACCGGGCUCGGCGCUAGGGCGAGCGAGCGGCCGAGGCGUCCCCGCCCAGCCGGGGCGGGCGGCGCGAGGAGGAGGAGCCGCACCUCUCCUUAAUUCCCUCUGCAGAAUUCCCAGCUCUUGCGUCCAGUCCUGCCGCCCCCCUCCGUCAUGGCAGACGGGGGUCCCGGGCCCAGCGGGCCUCCCCUCGCCCUCCCGCCAGCUCAGGGCAGCUCGGCGCGCUCCUCCCCGCGCCCCCCGCCCCCGAGGACCUUGCAGGGUCUGCUGCAGAUGGCCGUCACCGCCGGACCCCCCGGCCCGCCCCCCGCCCACGAGCCCAUGUCGGAGGAGAGGCGUCAGUGGCUGCAGGAGGCCAUGUCCGCUGCCCUGAGGGGGCCCUCGGAGGAGGUGGAGCAGAUGAAAAGCUGCCUGAAGGUCCUGGUGCGGCCCGAGCCGCUCUCCGGCCCCGACACCGAACUGACCGCCGACCAGCAGGAGCGCGAAGGGGCCCUGGAACUGCUGGCCGAUCUCUGCGAGAACAUGGACAACGCUGCUGAUUUCUGCCAGCUGUCGGGGAUGCACGUGCUGGUGGGUCGCUACCUGGAGGCGGCGGCGGCGGAGCUGCGCUGGCGGGCGGCCCAGCUGGUGGGCACCUGCAGUCAGAACGUGGCGGCCAUCCAAGAGCAGCGUGCUGGCCUCGGGGCCCUCCGGAAGCUCCUCCGCCUCCUCGACCGGGAUCCCAGCGACGCCGUCCGGGUCAAGGCUCUCUAUGCCAUAUCCUGCCUGGUGCGGGAGCAGGAGGCGGGCCUGCUGCAGUUCCUGAGACUGGAUGGCUUUUCCGUGCUCAUGCGGGCCAUGCAGCGGCCCGUGCGCAAGCUCAAGGUCAAGUCGGCGUUCCUCCUGCAGAAUCUGCUGGGACGCACCCCAGAGUACAAAGGCACCCUGUGCUCGAUGGGAAUGGUGCAGCAGCUGGUGUCCCUGAUCCGGACAGAGCACAGUCCUUUCCACGAGCACGUCCUGGGGGCCCUCUGCAGCCUGGUGACGGAUUUCCCUCAGGGAGUGAAGGAGUGUCGGGAGCCCGAGCUGGGGCUGGAGGAGCUUCUGAGGGAGCGCUCUCAACUGCUGCGGGAACACGAGGAGUUCCAGGAAGAGCUGGAGUUCUGCGAGAAGUUGUUACACAUCUGUUUCUCCUCCCCCACGGACGACAGCAUGGACCGGUGAACCGAGCGGAGGGCGGGGAGGGAAGCAGGUCCCCUCUUCCCUCCUCUCCUCUCGUCCCAGGAGAGGGACUGGGGAUUGACCCUCCCGCCUUGGGGAGGAUCCCGUCCCGUUAAACUCUCCUACCGCCUGACCUGUUUUACCAAUAAAUUUAUCUGUCUCAA